AAUUCUCAAACCAACAAUAAUGACAGGUGAAAGCCAGAGCCAAAUGCCUAAGCCAGUCACAUUCCCGACUCCAAACAUUACCCUGCACCUUCCAAACACACUAGCUACUAAUGCGUUUCCUGUCUCACUUAUUCUACAAAAACAAUGGCAUCAUUUCCAAUCCCACAGCUCCUACCAUCUCACACCAACCACUCCUUAACUUGUUUCAGUAGUAACACUAACACUCUGCCGUUGUCAUCCUCACUGUUGCGCCGUCGCCGGAGUCUCGACUCUCUCCGAUGCUCGGCGUCGUCGGAGAAGCAGCCCCACGACGACGCGCUGGAGCUCCCUCUCUUCCCUCUCCCUUUGGUCCUCUUCCCCGGUGCGAUCCUCCCCCUCCAGAUCUUCGAGUUCCGCUACCGCAUCAUGAUGCACACGCUCCUCCAUACCGACCUCCGCUUCGGCGUCAUCUACAACGACGCCGUCUCGGGCACCGCCGAGGUCGGCUGCGUGGGCGAGGUCGUCAAACACGAGCGCCUCGUCGACGACAGGUUCUUCUUAGUGUGCAAGGGGCAGGAGCGGUUCCGCGUGAACGACGUGGUGCGGACGAAGCCGUACCUUGUGGGGCGCGUGACGUGGCUGGAAGACAGGCCGUCCGAGAUUAAUGUCGGAGGCGAUGACGUGGAGGGGCUGGCGCGUGAGGUGGAAGGGUACAUGAAGGACGUGAUAAGGUUGUCGAAUAGGUUGGGAGGGAAGAAGGGGGAGAAUAAGGAGAUUGGGAACUUGCGACGGAAUCUUUUUCCGACGCCGUUUUCGUUCUUUGUCGGAAGCACGUUCGAGGGUGCUCCGAGGGAGCAACAAGCGCUUCUGGAGUUGGAGGACACUGCCACCAGGUUGAAGAGGGAAAAGGACACGUUGAAGAACACGCUUAAUUACCUCACUGCUGCUUCUGCUGUUAAAGAUGCCUUUCCUUCUUCCUCUUAAGUCAAAACUGGCUAUAAAUGAAAACGAUGUCAACAACAUCAUUCUGUCAUACCUUAUACAUAAUUGCUACAAAGAGUCGUCAGAGUCAUUCAUUUCUUGCACUGGGAUGAAGCAGCCUGCAGAUCAUUUGGAGAACAUGGAAAAAAGAAAAAGUAGGUUUAUUGUUGUAUUUCAGUGUAAAAGGUGGAUUGAAGACCUUUGGUUGCUUGUGAAUGUCAUUUUUAUUUGCUUGUGUACUUCAAACCCUGCUUAGUUGUCACUGUUGAGAGAUUUGUAUCAUAUAAACAUGAACAUUGGAUUACUGGACCUCAAUUUGAAAGUUGAUGAAUCAAUUUUUGCUCUUAAUGCCA